AUGUCGAAAAAGAAAUCGCGUGUGUGGAUAUUCUUCGAUGAUGUUGAAGGAGAACCGACAAAAGUGAAAUGUAACCAGUGCCAGGGAAUAAUUUCACGCGGUAGUCAAGGUAGAAAAGCGAAUACUACAAUUAUGACUAAUCACACAAAAUACUCGUAUAAGCACAACGAGUUGAUGCCUCAAUUGGCAGGUUCUAUUAAAAGUAGUUCGAAUGAAGUCCAUUUGUCUUCUCGUUUUCUGUCGCAACCUGAGCUCUUUUCACCGACGCCAUUUCCGUCAACUUCACCGAGAGGCGAAGUUUACAUACAACAAACUAUUCAAGAUAGUGUAAUGGUCCAGUGGUCGCUUCAGGGCUCCCGAUCAAGAGAAAUAAGUGUUGCUAUAGGAGAGAUGAUUGCCUUGGAUAACUAA